AUGUCGGCCUCGGCGUCGUCGCCGCCGGCGGGCGAGGAGAAUAAGCAGGAGGCAGCGCCCGUCAGGCACUGCAAGGGCGUCAACGACCUCGACAAGGUCGUGCUCCGCGAGGUCCGGGGCAGCUCCGCAGAGGUGUACUUGUAUGGUGGGCAUGUGACAUCAUGGAAAGAUGAGCAUGGAGAUGAGUUACUUUUUGUUAGCAAUAAGGCUAUUUUCAAGCCUCCAAAAGCUAUACGUGGAGGAAUACCAAUCUGCUUUCCACAGUUUUCCAACUUUGGGAAUCUGGAGCAACAUGGAUUUGCAAGGAAUAGGACAUGGUGUGUUGAUAAUGAUCCUCCACCAUUUCCAGUGCCAACCUCCAAUACAGCUUAUGUGGACUUGAUCCUCAAACCUACUGAAGAGGAUUUGAAGAUCUGGCCUCAUAGUUUUGAGUACCGCCUGAGGGUUGCACUUAGUCCUGGUGGUGAUUUGAUGCUAACUUCACGUAUAAGAAACACUAAUGCAGAUGGGAAGUCAUUCUCUUUCACUUUUGCAUACCACACAUACUUCAAGAUUUCUGAUAUCAGAUUGUUAUCAUUGAAACAAUUCAAGAAUGAAGUUCAUGAGGUUUCAUAUAUUCUUCGUUACAGUUGUUUGGAACCCUGGGAUAAAAAAGCAAAGGCUAUGUCAGAUUUUGGGGAUGAUGAAUAUAAGCGAAUGGUAUGCGUGGAGGCGGCUGCUAUAGAAAAGCCUGUCACUCUGAAGCCUGGUGAGGAGUGGACUGGAAAGUUGGACCUUUCUGCUGUGCCAUCUAGUUAUUACAGUGGUCAGCUAGACCCUGACCGUGUGAUUCAGGAUUCUACUGUCCCGGAGGACUCAAUCAGCUAG